UGUCACAUUUGAAAUUACAGUUACAAAAAUGCAAAACAAAAUGGAAGCCGAAAAUCAAACAUUUCGCUCGAAAACGCAACUUAAAAAUAUUCUGCAAAAUGCCGCGUUUAAAAAUGAAUUAGCAGCCGAUAUGCGCUGCUCGCGUGCCAAAAUGCUACUGGCGCAAAUGGACGCCAAUGGGAGGAGUGACGGCCGCAGCGAUUUCAUCGUUCCCAAGCCCAAAACUAGCGAUCCCACCAAGCCAGCUGACCAGGUAGGCCAACUUCCAGCACUGAGGAGCAGCCGCGGCAAACAGAUGCACAUAUGUGCCAGAUUUUUGCCUCAAAAUCCGGGUUCGCCGCCCAGCGACGAAGCCUUCUCCAUGUGCACUGGAAAACGCAAAGUUUUGGACGCCAUAUCGGCGUUCCAGCAGUCGGCAGUCGUCGCCCAUGACGAACAUAUGCCGCUCCAGAACGUGACGAAUGCCAAUGGCCAAGUGGAGCUGCAAGCGAAGCAGGAACAGCUAAUGCCCGACAGCGAAACCGACUACCUGCUGGAGUGGCUGGAGAAGACAGCGCAUUGGGACGUGCCGGAGCAUAAUAGUCGCCACAAAGCUGCGGCAGAGAAGGCGGCACCGGAAUGUCCAGCUAGCCACAGCGAUGAUGGCGAGUUGAGAACGCAGAAUCCCUUUGGCCUGGCUGCCGCCAAGGCGGAUAAACUGUCGGAUGCUGGAGUAGCGGAUCAGGUCACAGAGGACUUUGGGUGCAGCGAGAACUUGCGCUCUGCGUUUCCCGAAAGCUGUGUGACGGAUGCCAUCCUAAUGCUGGACAGAGCCAAGCAUGCCGUGCGCCUGGACUGUGCGCUGCCGCCACUGAAUGUGCAGGAUUGCUGCCGGCAGGGCGACUUAAUCAGGAUCGCCGUGUGCAAGGUGUACAGUCCCUUUCAGUUCUGGUUCCACUUUCAGCAUCCCACGGGCGACUUCGAUCCGCUGGUCCAGCUGACCAACGAAAUGAACUCGUUUUACACUCGUGAGUUGGAUCCGGCGUACAGGAGUGCGAUGCCCAGCAGCUUUCACAAAGCCGGCUACAUAUGCGCCGCCCAACAUGGAAGUGGCGACUGGCGACGGGCCAGAGUGCUGCACACCGCGCCCAUAGACGCCACCUGGGUGUACGUCUACCACGUGGACUAUGCCACGUCCGUUGAAUUGCCGCCGUGUAAAUUGCGUUUUCUGCCGGAUCACUUUGCGAACACCCCAAUACAGGCGGCCCGCGGCACACUGUCGCACAUACAGCCAUUGGGCAUCCACUGGCCACCGGAUAGCGUCAGUCACUUCAAGCGUUUGGUGUACCACAGAACGUUGCAUGCUGAGGUGAUCGAAGUGGACGCCGCCGCGGGCAUACUCUUCAUGCGACUGUCGCAGAGCGUGGAGUUUGCGCCGUCGAUCAACAAGCUGCUGGUGGAGGCCGGCUUUGCGGCGAUUAGCGAGAACUACAGUCGCGCGGUCAUCGCAUACAACUGCGGCCGAAGGCUACGUUACCUACGCGAGCGACUGCCCAGCUUCGAGAUACUCGAGUCGCGCAUAAUACCGCUGAAUGACGAGGAGUUCGAGCAGUAUUUCGAUGCCAUCAUCUAUUGCCCAUCGUUCCACAGCGAUUUCCAGCUGCCGCAGCUGCAGAAUCCCUUUCGCAGCGGCCUCCUCGAAGCGCUGGCCGCUUGGAUGCCCGCCUAUCGCCGCGAGCAGGAGCACUGGCUUCGCAUUUACAAGCAGGCGGACAUGCAGCUGCUGGAGGCUCGUCGGCAGACCAAAAAGAAGGCGGACAGCGAGGCGCAAGCGAAGGAAGUGCUGGCCGACCCUGGUGGGCAAGUGGUGCAAAAAGCUGCAGCGAAGCAGGAAGAUGCAGGAUCACAGCAGCAGCAGCAGCAGCAGCAGCAGGAGGAGCAGCCAAACUAG